UUAUUUUUUUACCUCGCUGUAUUUAGUUCGUUUUAGCUGUUAAAAUUGUUACAUUUUUUAUAAAAUCACAUUUUGUUAAACCUACCCUCAAGUAUUAUUCAUAGCAGGCUGUCGAGACAGGUGAAGAGAAUUACGAGUUGUUCCUGGACGUUUCUAAUCGGAUUAGAUGACAUUUGGAGACGGUUUGAGCGUCUGCUAACACUUGAAAGACUAAACCUUACUUUCUUUUCUUCUUUAAACUUCAUAAAAUGCCUCUUUUUGUGAACCGUGACCAGGUUUUUGCUCACCAGGUCCACCUGCUGGAACACAAACUGAGAACUAAAGAAGAGCGGAUACUGGAGUUGGAGACAGAGAAUGCAAUUCUUCAUAUAAGGCUUACAGAGUCCUUGGGGAAACUGCAUCAAGAGCAUGAAGAAAAUACCAAAGCCCUCAAACGUCAACAACAAGAAGAAGAGGAGAAGAAGAUCACCUGCUUAGCAAUCGGCAAACUCAUUUCUGACGUCCAGGCUUUGAAGCAGUGCCUUAGUGAGGUUUUUGCAGUCUAUGUGAGUUUUGCUACUGAGCUGGACGAGCAGAGCAAGCAGCUUCAGAAGGAGCUGACACAACAGGGCAGCUGUUCUCUAAAAGGAUGCGGAGGAAAUGAGAGUCAAAAUUUACAGGCCCAGUUGACGGCUCUGGAGCAUUCUCUGGAGGAGGAGCGGGUGAAGUGCAACGCGGAGAGGCAGAGAAGGAAAGACCUUCAUAACACGCUGGUGGAGCUCAGAGGCAACAUCCGUGUCCACUGCCGAGUGCGCCCUCUUCUACCCUUCGACCACGUCCAGUCCCCGCUUCUUGGGUCAGGGCCAGUGUCCUCGGAGCAAAUUGUGCAUGCGAUCAGUGACGACACAGUGGUAGUCAACUGCAUGAAGGCGGGAGUGCCAGCGCAAAGCAAGAUGUUUGAGUUUGAGAGGGUGCAUGGCCCAGAAGAUUCCCAAGAAACUGUAUUCGAGGAGAUCAAGCCUCUCCUUACAUCUGUGCUGGAUGGCUACAAUGUAUGCAUCAUGGCAUACGGGCAGACAGGAAGUGGGAAGACUCACACUAUGAUGGGAUCCCCUGCGUUGGGCGGCCGCUCAGGGCUGCAGCAAGGAGUCAUUCUCAAGGCCUCUGCUGAGUUAUUUCGGCUGAUCUCCGAGAAGCCUGCCUCCAGCCACACGGUGGAGAUGUCGGUGAUCGAGGUGUACAACAACGAUGUGUUGGACCUGCUGUCUGGAGACGAGCAAGCGAACGUCAGCGCAGUCCAUCGCCGGGAAAGUGUCUCUACAUCCUGCAGUUCCAGCCAAGUCUCCUCCCUCACACAGGAGCCUGUAAGUGAUACUUCUGACGUGAUGCACAUCAUGAGCAGAGUGCUGAAGCUCAGAGCUCAUUGUCCCACUCUAGUGCAUUCCGACUCCUCACGUUCCCACCUCAUUGUCACGCUCACUAUUUUCUCCAAGAGUCCCAAUGUUCGAGCCCUGGCACGCAGGCUGCAGAGCGCCAAGAAGAGCAUUCAACACUCCACACAGGAGCGGUGGAGCCCACGGGAUGAUAGCCUAGGAAGCCCCGCCUCUUCCCCUUGUCCUUCCCCGUCACAGUCUCCCUGCACCUCCCCAAGAUUGGGCACCACCCGGGCUGUGUUCAAGACCAAGCUGCAGUUUGUGGACCUUGCAGGGAGUGAGUGUGUUGAUAUGACUGGAGUUUCAGGCCCAGCCCUGUGGGAGGUAUCCUGCAUCAACCGCAGUCUCUCUGCCCUCUCAGACGUCCUUGGUGCACUGGCCGAGCAGAGAUCUCACAUCCCUUACAGGAACAGCAAGCUGACACACCUGCUCAAGGACGCCAUAGGUGGCGACGCAAAGCUGUUGGUGAUGCUAUGCGUGUCUCCAACACAACGCUACUUCACCGAGUCCCUGCAGACUCUGGGAUUUGGUGCACGGGCCCGCCAGGUCCAACGAGACCCAUCAAGGAAGAAAAGCAACACAUUGAAAGUUAAGUGAGGAAAGAAUGAGAGAAAGUCAAGCCAACAUCCAAGGAAAUAUACACACUGCGAAUGCAACAAAAUAAUUUCCAUCGAUCAACCAACAAUUCAGAACCUUAAACAGUAUAUCAUAUUUUACUACUUAAUCACUUGUUUAUGUAGUGCUACAGUAGCAGUUUUUAUCUACAAUAGUUUAGCAAUUAUCAUAAAAAAGUAACUGCACUGUUUUGGAAUUUUGCCCAUCAUCCACAAUCCUUAUCAGACUUAGACAACAAUUUAUUUAUCCUCAAGGGAAAUUGUUUUAAACAGUAGCUCAAUUACAAGAGGAAAGGAAAGGAUAACUAAACACUCUCGAGGGCACAAAAAAGAGGAUUAAAUGAUAAAUCAAAUGUAGUCGACUAACAACACGAAAUAGAUUGUAAAUAACAACAGCAGCAAUAGAAUGGGACAUCUUAAAAAAUAGAUAAAUUACAAGUAAGUCCAUCCAUCCAUCCAUUUUCUACAGCUUGUCCCUUAAUACAACCUAAAUAUACAUUAUGAACAAAGAAAGGUGUGGUAACGUUAAAGCAGAUUAGUAACAGACAAGAACGCUCUAUUACCGUACGAAGAGUGUUUGUACAGCUGGACGGAGUGCGGACUGAAGGAGUUCUUGUAGCGUUCACUAUAGAAACCAAGCUGGAGAAGCCUGUUGGAGUCUGAGCGCCGCUGUCCUUUAAUUAUCUGGUGGAAUGGGUGGGCAGAAUUGCCCAUGAUGCACAGCAGUUUGUCCAGUGUCCUCCUGUCACUCACUGAGACAAACGCCGCCAACUGCGUGCCAAUAGUUUGGCCGGAUUUUUGGAUCAGUUUGUCCAGCCGACUUAUGUCAGUUUUGCUGGUGCUGUUCCCACAGCCAACCAAAGCAAAGUACAGGAACUGGCUACCACAGAAUGGUAGAAGAUCUCCAACAGCUUGCUACACAUAUUGAAGUACCUGAGCUUUCUCAGGAAGUAUCUAGUAUGCUCAUGCCCUGCUGUCCUUCUAGUCCAGUUUGCUGUUCAAGUGGACUCCCAGGUACUUUUAGUGCUUCCCAGGUACUUCUAAUACUUAUGUGUGUUCUAAAUAAAUAAAAAACUGCUAGUAAGAAGCUAUAAAGCAAUCAAAAAACUUCCAACAACACUCAAUUUACAUGCCGUGACCUACGUAUUGACCAACUUAGAGUGACAUUGUUAUUUUAAAAACUAACACAAAGGAACUACUUUUCUGGCAUAGUGAAAUAUCACCUUGCUCACACUGCUCCUCUGACCACUAGUGAGUAGCCAACUACCAGCUACUAGCUUGCAUGAGCAUUGAGCUGCUUCUGCUGCUGCUGUAUUGCCUUUAAAUUUUUAAAAGUUUCGAUUUUACAACAUUUUAUAAAUCAUGCAUCUCACCUGUAUAGGAGAAAGUUGUGGCAUCAAGCAGAGAGGUUUGUCAACUUUGAAAAUCCACACGCUACCAACUUCAUACUACAAGGCUCUCAACAAAUGGAACACAGCAUAAGAAGCAUUUUGAGGUGGAGUAUUAUUCUGAAUUUAACAGCCCAAGCAAAAGUCCUGAAAUAUACAAUCAGUUGGCAUCCAAGUGAGAGCGGAGAUUGUAAGUCACUCUUGUAUGUACUUAUUAUUUUACAUUUAGUGAUAGUGCUAAUUGAUAAUGUUCUAAGGCUCUCAAGAAGUCUGCCAUUAGUGGUAGCAAACACAGAAAGUGCUCCCUGUGUUGUUGACAUUGAUUUCACAGAGUGCAUAAAAACGUACACUAUAGUUUACUAUGCACUCUGUGAAAUGAAUGCGGCCAGAAAAAAAGUUUUUGCUUAAAAUGAGCAAAAUACUGUAAAUAUUACUUGUUAUCAUUAAUGUGCUUGCUACUACAUUACAUACUGGACAUACUUGCAGCAUGUAUAUAAAAAAAAUGGUGUUCAAGGUUUUUAGAAGUCUUUAUAAACAAAAGAGAUCAUAUCCCCAUUACCUGCAUUUUUAGCCACCUCUUGGUAUCAGUUUUUUAUGACUUAGAAUGCGCAGAAAAGGAAAGAGGAAAACAUGUGUAUUCUUAUUUCACAUAAGGAUUGUGAAUGAUGGGCAGUUCCUUUUUAAUGGUUUUAGCACUCAACUCGAUGUGACAAACAAUUUGACCCUUGGUCACUCUGAAUUAUCUUUGGAAAGGCAAAUCCUGCAAUAAAGUGUGACAACUCCUUAACCACUGCCCUAGCUAUUGUUGACCCGAGUGGAUUGGCAGCAGGAUAUCUGGUGCUCAGACACAUACCUGUGAGGAUCAAUUUACACCCAGAUUUUGCACAAGGCAAAGUCACACAGUCCACAAGAUGUUCAAACGGCUCACUUCACUUACCGCUGGAAUAGGCUGCAACGGAGUAGGCUUUACAGCAUUUUCUGAUUUGGCCUUCCUGUCAACUAACAUUCAACAUGAUAAAGUUUAUUCAUAAGCAGCAGGGCUGUCCCUAGGCUUUGUGUGGCCCUACACAAAAUUUAGUUUGUAACCCCAUUAUGGUCUUUAAUAUUACUUAUUUAUUAUUAUUAUUAAACUCCUGAAGGUCCCCAACCACACCCCUAACCUAACGUCACGGCACUACAUACACACUUAAUGUGUGUUCAUUCAUUAAAAAAAUAAUUAUUGCUUUUAUUUUGUUAAAACUAGCCUUUUAAAACACAUGUAAAAACCUGAAUAAGGUUUUUGCAUGCAGCUUAUAAUGUCUCCAACAUUUUCUAUAGAAAAUAACUUUAAUAAGGUUUUUAAUUUUAUAAAGAUUGUAUUAACAUACAGUAUAUAGAUUAUAUUAUUUCAAACCAAUUUCCUCUUGCAUGAAUGCACUCCCACCCAUCAAUCAUUGUAUCUGUCCUUCUAUACAUGUGCCAAUCUUCCCAAUGGGAUGACCCAAGCACAUCUACUGUGAUCAUUUACCAUGAAUUGAUUACGUGUACUUAAACAAGUUGAAAAACUUAUUCGGAUGUUACCAUUUAGUGGUCAAUUGUACGGAAUAUGUACUGUACUGUGCAAUCUACUAAUAAAAGUUUCAAUCAAUCAAUCAAUCAAUCAAAUCAGAAAGCCCACAAUAUUUACAUGUUUAUGUCUUAGUUUCUUCAUCAAUAAUGUGUUUUAUCAAGCGUUUGAACCAGUGGCGUCGUUAGGCCUUUUUAGGGGGGCAUAUGGCUGACUAAAUAUUCUCCACCCCCCCGCCAAAUUAUCUGAUGUUAUUUUAUUUCUCAAUCAAUCAAUCAAUCCGUCAAUUAAACUUUAUGUAUAAAGUGCUUUUUGAACAUAAAAUAAAAUGCAACACAGAGUGCUUUACAGACUUAAAAACAAUGCCUCGAUGACCCACCUCCCCCCAUUAUCAGUCACAUGCACACACACAGAGGAGCCAGGUGAAAAAACACUAUCACGGGAGCCAUCUUCACCAGAAAAUCACCAGACCAUGGCCAACAAGAUGCUGACACAAAGCACCCGCGAUAGCCAUGGCUGAUAAAAGCCCUGAUUUUGGGGUAUUUCUUUUACAAUAUAAGGUCGACAAAUUCAACAUAAAGUAGCCUGAAUGUGAACUUUAAUAACCAUACAACCUUUCAUUAUUUACUUAAACACAAUUAUAAAUCUGUCAAAUUUCCAUUUCUAUUUUCAUUUAGUGUAAGGUAGAGAUUAGCUGAUUCAUGUAGAAUUAGCAUUAGUGAAUAAUGAUCAUAACAAUAUACCAUUAUUUUAACUAUUAUUAUAAUUCAUGUAUCUAAUUGAUGCCUAAAAAAAUUUGUGAUGCCCCUUUUCCAAACUUUAACGAAGGUUCCUUUUCGGAUGUGCUGUAAUAAAACAACUGGAAAUAUGUGAUGCAUUACAUUGUAUCGUAUGCAUGUUCGAAAUAAACUGAAACUGAACUGAACUGAACUGAAUGCACCACAAUUAUGUGCUAUGAGAUGCAAAAGUCAAACUUAAACAUAACUUUGUAUGACGCUGCCACAAAUAGAUGUAUCAUGUUUUUAGCCAACGUCUUGUCACCUCAUCCUGGUUGCCAAAUGUU